AUGCAAGCCCACGAUGCAAUCGAUCAGGAAAAAGCCUUCUCUGCCGUCGUCAUCCACGCCAACGCCUCUACACUUCUUCGACAGGCUGUAGCCGCGGGAAAUUCCUCCUACGAUCUUUCCGGAGCAUGCCAGACCAUCUACGUCGAAGCCCGCGACCAAGUCGCCGUCGGCUCGCACAUUGUUCCCGAACUAGAGAGAUUCCUGACUUACGUGAUAUCCACCUUUGCCUGGUCCUGGGUUCCAGAAGCGAUGAACUCCACAAAUACCCCGACGACAAUUCCUCCGCAAGGGGCUUCUCCUGCUAUUGGCCUCACCACCAUCAACCUCCGCCGCUUCUCUCCAACAACCGUCAACCCCGGCUGUCACCGUCGCGCUCAUCUACCAGAUCAUCAUCGCGUUUUUCUCUUUCGCCUUCUUUCUGCCGACGCACUUUACACCGGCGUACAGUCUCAUCAGCAGCACGGUGCGGCCAUGGUGUCAAUGGUAUGGGACAGGCUGAGGCAGCAGCUGCGACCAGUCCUGCGUCCACGCAUGACAUGGAAAUACCUCCUGUGCGUUGGCCUGGCCACAUAUUCGGUCUGCUGGUUCCUGUUCGCCUCGCCUGUAUUCUCGUCGAAUUAUCUCCCUCCAUAUACGGGUCCUUAUUCGGUGGGUGCCAUAGAUCUCGAAAUCCCCACCGAACCACGAGUCAUCCAUGGUGCCAGAUUCAAGGAUUCGGGGCAUCCAGCUUUUCAGUUGGAAACCGUCCUUUUCACACUUUACUAUCCCUCAAGCAAAGGGGUCACCUCUUCCAAACCACAUCACCUCUGGGUUCCCCGGCCACUGGGGAUCGUCGCCACAGGAUAUGCCCGUUUCGCACGCAUAAGCAACUUCGUCACCAACACCAUCCUCACCUGGGGUAUGUGGGCUUGGGUGGGAGGCAUCAAGAUCCCCGCGCAAGUGGACGUGCCACUUCACGACUCUCCUGUUGUCCGGCAGUCCUUUGACCCUUUCAACUAUCCCGUUGAAAUCGACGAUGGGUUCCCGGUCAUGGUCUUCUCGCAUGGCAUGGCCAGUUCUCGGACACAGUACACGCAAUAUUGUGGAGAACUAGCGAGUCGAGGUCACGUCGUGGCUGCCAUUGAGCAUCGUGACGGCAGUGGACCGGGUUCGGUGAUCAUGCAGAACAAUAAAAAGAACAGAAACUUGCUCCAUUUCUCACUCGGCGAUGUUCAUCCUGAUUCUGGCCUGGACUCUGAGACGUUCAAGCAAGCACAGCUUGAUUUCCGCCAGGCAGAAGUCGAGGCAACGGUUCGUGUCCUCCGACAUAUCAACGAGGGCCGAGGGGGUCAGGUAUUCUCCAUGAAUUCCCGCCGUGAAGGUCAGGAUCUGCAUCUAUGGCAAGGCCGUCUUGCCAUGAACAACGCGACCGUGGGAGGACAUUCUUUCGGUGCGACUUUGGCGCUUCAAACAUUGAAGAACGGACCUUCAAACGCUCUCCCAUUCCAGGGCGCAGUGGUUCUUGACCCGGGCAAACGAAGCGGCCUUCUUAACCACGACGUCCAUGUUUCGACUCUGAUCAUCCAUUCCAACUCUUGGUCUAGUCGACAUUCAAUCUUCUUUGGCCGCCCGCACUUCGACGUUGUCAAGGAUGUCGUACAGGGUAUUUUGAAGAGAGGCAAAGAUGCAUGGUUCUUGACUUCCUUGGGUACAUCUCACCCAUCCGUGACGGAUGCGCCGUUGAUCGAGCCCUUGUUGCUCAGUUGGACCACCGGUUCAGCCAUCGACGCCCACGAAGGAGUAAAUCAAUAUGUCAAGGUGUCGGAGAAGUUCUUGCGUUAUCAGUCGACGGGAGAGAAGGCGGGCUUGUUGUCCGAAUGCGUCACUCACCCCGAGUAUAAUGCCGAAGACAAGAAUAGGACCGACAGCGGACCUCUGCCCCGCAAGUUUUGGAAAUACUGGCAAAUCCAUGUCGCUCCUCCAAGUUGUGGAUCCAAGGAGUUAGGGGACUAA